AAAUGUCAUAAGGUGAAAUUAUAAAACACCCAACUAAUGUAAUCCUCAAAUUAUUACAUGUACACUGCACUACCUAACUUUCAUUAGCCUCAACAUUAUUAUUAUAUAGUCAGGAUUAAAUGUGUAUAGACGCCUAAGUGAUUGAACAUUUUUUGUUAUGAUCAAAAACGUCAAUUAUUCGGACUGAAAGAGAGAAAUGGAUCAAACAAAUAAGAAAGAGGAAGCACAGCAAAAUGGAUGGACCUGGAAGUUCAUGUCUGUAAUGUUUUGUGCAUACCUUGUCAUACCUGGAAUCUCCUAUACCAUAUCAUCUCUCAAUGCUCCAGCAGAAUAUAUCAAGAGCUUCAUCAAUGCGACGAAAUAUGAACGAGACCAUUCCUACCCUAGUAAAGAUGAAAUAGACUCGCUCUUUGGCUUGUUGGUAGCACUUGCCGGUUUGGGUGCAAUGGCUGGUUCUCUGGUGGCCAGCUUAUUGUCCGACAAUCUGGGACGAAAGAUAGCCAUACUCAUUGCUUCACUGACAGGCUUGACUGGUGUUCUAUUGUUAAGUCUUGGUAGAACGGCUUCGUCUUUCGAGAUGUUGUUUGUUGGAAGAGUCUUGACUGGAGUGACACUUGGGAUUGGGCUGAGUGCUGCUCCGGCUUACGCUGUAGAAAUGUCGUUGCCGUCUAUGAAAGGAAAUGUAGCUCUGAUCAACCAACUUUUUCAGAGCUUUUCAUUCAUCAUCGCUCAAGUCGUUGGUUAUAUGGAACUUCUUGGAAACGAAGAACAGUGGCAUCUAUUACUUGGCUUACCUGUCAUCUUUUUUGGGCUUCAGCUGUUGAUUUUACCUUUUUGUCCAGAAAGUCCAAGAUAUUUGCUUAUGAAGAAAAAUGAUGUAGCUAAAGCCACGAAAGCACUGCAGACGAUUCGAAACAGGAAAAAUGUAGAGAAAGAUAUUGACAUGUUGCAUGCAGAACUGAGAGAAUCAUCUACAGAAGCAGAGGUUUCAUUUGUUCAGUUGUUUAAGAACAAAGUCCUAAGAAGGCCUCUGGUGAUUGCAAUUGUUUUGGGACUACAUCAAAAUUGGUGCUCAAUUGCAGCUAUACUAUUUUUUUCCACCGAGCUGUUCCAGAAAGCUGGAUUGGAUGACAGAAGUUCCCGCUAUGCAACAUCUGGAACUGGGAUUACAUUCUUCACUGUUAAUGUUGUCGCUAUGUUUCUACUGUCUAGGUUUGGGCGUAAGACUUUGUUUCAAUUUGGAACUAUAGGGAUGGGCAUGUGCUCAGCAGUUAUUGCACUGACUAUGGUAUUUCAGGAUGACGCACCAGCGUUGAAGUAUGUGAACAUUGUGGUUUCCCUGUUGAUCAUCGCCUUCUAUUCCAUUGGACCAAUAUGUGUAUUUUGGGUAAUCUUGAGCGAAUUAUUUCCGCACAGCGCCAGAGGAUCUGGUUUCAGUGUCGCCAUACUGUGUGCUAUGAUUAGCUUCUUCUCUCACUGCUAUAUCUUCCCAUUGCUUUUGUCGAAACUUCAUUCCUACACUUUCUUUGUUUUCACUGGAAUCAACGCAGUGACAGCACUAUUUGUACAUUUCUAUGUACCAGAGACAAAGAACAAAUCGUUCGCUGAAAUAGCGAAGUCAUGGGCUAAUGCUGAAGAUCUGGAGAAUCAAUUACCAUUAAGUCAGAAAUGUCACACAGGGUCUUCUAAUGCACACGCCAAUACAGUCGUCGAAACUAAACAACAAUAAAACAAAUAAUUUUCAUUGAACUCUGAAACU